AUGAUUAGAAAAUUUUUUUUGUCAUGUGUGACUCUGAGAGAAGCAAGGAAAUAAUUUCUCAGUUUUUUUAAUAUGGAGAAGUCUGAGGUACUAUUCUUAACAAAGAUGGAAGAAACAGUCAUCAUCAGAUCAAUAAAGGAUAAAUGGCCCUACUCCAGCUACCCCUUUGUGCAGGUGGAAGAUCCUAAAAUAUUGCAGGUGGUGAACAUGACCAAGACCUUCUUGGAUGCUACAAACUUCAUCAUAAAGCUAGUGACAGAGGAAGAAGGGGAGACAAAUUUGGCUAUUCAACUAUGGGAUUCUGAAGGUAGGCAAUAAAGACUCAUUGAAGAAAUAAAGAAUAUCAGAGUUAAAGUGCUCAAACAAAGACAGGACAGUCUUUUCCAGGCAUCAGUGCAUAUGGAUAGAAAUAUCCUAAUGCUUAUUCUGCCAAUGAUACUGCUAAGUAAAUGUGCAUUUGGUUGCAAGAUUGAAUUGCAGGUGUUUCAAACAGUUUGGAAGAGACCUUUGCCAAUAAUGCUGGGCACAGUUACACAGUUUUUUCUUAUGCUAUUUUGUGGAUUUCUUUUACAAAUUUUGGCAUUGCCUGAGGCACAGGCUUUUGGAUUUGUAAUGACCUGUGCAUGCCCAGGAAGAGGUUGGGGCUAUCUCUUUGCUCUGCUUCUAGAAGGAGAUAACACUUUGGCUAUUUUGAUGCCUUGCACAUCAACAGUGUUGGCCCUUAUAAUGACUCCUGUCAAUUCUUACCGGUACAGUAGGGUGUUAGGGUUAUCUGGUACAUUCCACAUUCCUGUUUUGAAAAUUAUGUCAACACUCCUCUUCAUACUUGUGCCUAUAUCGGCUGGAAAAGUCAUCAAGUGUAGAAUACCAGAGAAAACAAACAUCCUAGAGAGAAUCAUUAGACCUCUGAGUUUAAUGUCUGUAGGGAUUUAUUUGAUGUUCAGAAUGGGAUUAAUAUUUCCUAAAACAGUUAACCUAGAGGUGCUUCUGUGUAUCUUGGUUCCUGCUCUGGGUUUGCUAUUUGGGUACUCCUUUGCUAAAAUGUCUAGGCUGCCCCUUCCUGUGAGUAAAACUGUUGCUAUCGGAAGUGGGAUACUAAAUAGCUUCUUAGCUCUGGCCAUUAUCCAGCUCUCUUUCCCGCCCAAGGCAGACUUAGCUUCUGUGGCUCUGGCUCCUUUGACAGUGGCUAUGUGUUCUGCAUGUGAAAUGUUACUGAUCCUCCUGUUCUACAAGGCUAAGAAAAGAUGA